AUGGACUUGGAGUCGAGCAGCAGCAGCAGCAGCAGCAGCAGCAGCACCAUGCGACCAUCUGUGCAUCCCAGUGGGGCGAUCCGAGGUCGAGGCAUCGGCGGACUCGGCACGCGAGGUAGAUCGGGCAUGGCCAAGCGCGCACUCAGGGAUCUGGCGCCCCUUGGCUUGCCUGGCCUUUCAUCGCAGUCCCCUGAUGCCAAGGCUGAUCUGGCUCAGCAGCUCGAGGCGCAGCUCAGUGUGGCAGACGCUUCUCAGAGUCAAGGAGGCGCAGCAGGUAGCAAGCUGGCUCAGCUGGCAGUUGCCAGAAGAAACAAGCGACCUGCUGCUGCCACUCUCGACGCAAGCGGCUCCAGCGAUGGACACACCGCCGCCGGCGCUGCUGCCAAUGCACACGCACAUGGCCCUGCAGCAGACACUGCCAGACCUAGCAAAUUGGCUGCUCUAGCUGCUGCUCGAGCCACCAAGCCCUCCGCUGCUGCCGCAAGUGUACUCCCUCCUCGCGCAGCAGCAGCAGCAACUGCUGCGCCGAUGACGGCUAGACCGCCCUCCAAGCUCCAACAGCGUGCUCAAGCUAGUCGAGAAGCAAAAGCUUCAGCUCAGAGCGCUCAGGGCGAGAUAGAGGUGGUGGUGGAGAGCGAAGAGGUUCGAGCGGCGAGGCGGCGAGAGUUGGAGCAGAGUCGGACGCUGCCUUCGGGAGUGCGCAGCAGCCAGCUGUUUCCGAUGCAGGAGGAUGUGGAAGCGAGGCAGAGCAAAGAAGAUGCGAAUGGUCAGAGCCUCUCAUCCGCCUUCGCAUCUUUGAUGGUCGGAGGCAAGCAUGCCAAACCCGUUCCGAGCGCCUCGCCAUUCGAACCGCUGCAGAGGUCAUCGGAGAGAGCAUCGCAGCUGCGCAACACCGCAUUUGCCAAGCUCAGCCCCGAUGAAGUGGUCCUGCAAGCCAGGCAAGGCUCUGCUUUGGAUCCUACCGCGCACGCUGGCCAUAGAUGA